AUGACAUCUUCAGUUUCUACCGCCACUCCGGCGAAGCAUCCCUUCGAAAGGCGCGUCGACGAAAUCAAGUCGCCCAAAAGUGAUAUCAAUGCCUUGAUCCUAGACUACUUGACCAUGGAAGGCUACCCCAAUGCUGCUGCAAGAUUUUCCAAAGAGGCAAAUCUGCAACCUCAGCAAGAUAUAGCUUCCAUUCGUACCCGACAGGCAAUACAGAACUGCAUUCACAGUGGAAAUAUACAGUCUGCCAUUGAGAUGCUCAAUGAGUUAGACCCCGAGAUACUCGACGCAGAUAAAGCCUUGCACUUUUCUCUCCUGCGUUUGCAGCUUGUCGAGCUAAUCCGGGCUUGCAAUGCUUCGGGAGGUGACAUCAGUCCGGCACUGAAAUUUGCCACUGAGCAGCUGGGCCCACGUGCCCCCACAAACCCCAAAUUUCUUGAAGAGCUGGAGAAGACCAUGGCUCUUCUGCUUUUUCCGCCAGAAACUCUCGAGCCGCAAUUAGCCGCAUUGUUGAAUCCUGAGCUUCGGCGGGAUGCGGCGGACAGCGUCAACCGUGCGAUUCUAGAGCGACAGUCAACGAGACGUGAGGCAGCGAUUCGUCAGCUUGUAAAGAUGCGGGCCUGGGCAGAGUCUGCGGCCCGGGAGCGUAACAUCGGCUUGCCGGAACGCCUCGAUGUUGGCCUAACUGCCGACGACGCUGAUCGACGCCACACAAACCCUGAAAACGGGCACGAACCUAUGGUGACGGUAUGA